AACCUGAAUGUUAGGUAAAAAUAACAUUUUCUUAUCGUUUUAUUGGAUUAUAACAGAGGACAAAUGAGAAAAUGUGAACUUGAUAACGAAAUCUGAAGUUUGAAGAAAACUUACUUCAAAACAUGGUGGCAGCUCAGUAAGAGGGUGUUCAUUUUUACUAGUCAUUAGAAUUUAAAGAAGCUUAUUCAGCAGGAGUGUUUGAUACAAUUUGUAAACACCGAACCAAUAAGCUUCAAACAAAAUUUAAGGAUGACGUCUGAAGAAACGCAGAUUCCGGAGGAACUGAAGGGUUGUUAUGAAAAUCUUAUUGUGAUCGACAUCGGCGCUAAUUUGACAAACAAAAAAUAUGGACGCGAUCUCGAUUCAGUAAUACAAAGGGCGAAAGAUGCAGGUGUUCAGAAAAUAAUGGUGACAGGCACAUCAGUGAGAAAUAGCAAGGAGGCACUAAGACUGACUCGAUUGUACCCCGGCACCAUUUAUUCUACAGCGGGCGUGCACCCGCACGACGCCAAGUCGAUGGCGGAGGAGGAGCUGUGGGCGGAGCUGCGGCAGGUGGCGGCGGCGCCCGAGUGCGUGGCGCUCGGCGAGUGCGGCCUCAACUACACCAAGGACUUCUCCGAGCCCCACGUGCAGCGCGCCGUCUUCAAGCGUCAGGUGCGCCCCACUUUCCUCUCUCUACUCUAUUACCUAUUUAUAUCACCUCUACCAUUUUUAAUAUUCUCUUAGAAAUCAUAUAAUUUUGCUGCCAUAAAUGUAUAAAUAAUAAAAUCAUCCCGCCGAGUGAGCGGGCCGCAGUUAGCGCAAAUACACAACAUAAUUGUUGCAACGGUCGAGGUGUGACGAAUGCGAGGCCGCCGUUUGUUACAUAUUGCGAUUUAAAAGUCAAAUCUUUUAACUGUCUCUGAGAGUGUCGCUCCGCUCCCCGGUCCGUUGCAGAUUAAAUAUCACAAAUCCAUAGUUAGGAAAUCAUUUGCACCAACGAUAUUCAACAAACUUAAAUAUCGAAAUGGUGUGUGUGAUAUCAAGUGUGGACAGAUUCAUACAGUGCGAUGAUGCACACACUCUGACGUUGUUGCAACCCUCCCCCGCCCCUCCUCCCGCGCCCUCUACUCAUUGCAUAAGGAGUAAUCACAUUCAAUUACUGAUAAGUACUACAUUCUUCUUCCUUAAUUAGAUUGAAACCUUUGUAGAAGUGACGUCAAGUAACCGUUUGAGUUAUCCUCCUCCCCCGCACUACUUCCAGCGGCGCCCCUCGGAGCUCACAACACACGGAAACACCAUAAUGCGCGACUUCGUUAUUACAAUCUAUCUAUAUCUCUUUACAUUACAUAAAAUUAAAAUGACUAAAAAAUCCAGAUUUAGCGAAGAUGAUGUAUUUGCGUUACUAAUAACGAAUAUAAAAAAAAUCUGUCCCCAAACCGCGCUUAUCCGGAACAAUAUUAAUGAAAUUUCCGAAAUGCCUAAGCCGAUUUUGCCUCCCACGUCCGAGCGUGUGUCCAGUGUUGGCACUGCACACAAUUGUGAGUCAAUGCACCGCCGCCUUUUACAAUUUUUAGCAAUCCGUAUCUCAAGUGAUCGCAGCCGAGAGACGAGGCAACGGAUGUACUGAUAACAAUCUUCUCGUGCCGUAGUCGUCAGCGAGGAGGCUCGUUGUCUCGGGAAAACUUUCCAUUGAAGUAAUGUUAAGUGUUCAUUGAUAUAUUGAUGCGUUCGCUUUAUGGCAGUAUCGCGGCCCGACACCCGACACCCGCCACCCGCCGGCCACGGCCGUUGUAUAUUUAGCUCGUCUCCGCCGCGUGCAGUCGCCGGUGACAAGUGCAGCCACAUUUGUUGUCAUUCAAAAUUAAGUUCUCACAAAAGACUAUUGCUGUGUAUUUGUUUUAUUUGUUGUACGGCAGAACCCGCGUCGUCCAGUAACUGUAAACGACCUCGGCCUCGAACACCGCACAGAGGAAACUAUUAAUAAGCCGAAGUAUAAUUAGCAGGAUAAGCGGAGGCCGGGCGCCUCUGCCCCAACCCGGGGACGUCAUAGCGCCUCAUAGCUCCCUGAUUAUCUCUUUUGCAAAAGUUAAUCAGCGUAAUGACUUAAUAUACAUAUUCUUAUAAAUAAUACAAACGGGCUAAAGAGAGACUUGCAUUUAAGAAAUUAUAAUCCAUUGUCAUCAAAGCAUUGUCAGUGUGAUACUGGUCGUGUGGGGCUCCGCAUUUGGCCUCGCGGUACACGUUGAUGUCGCGGAGAGACGAUAUUUACGCCGGGCUUUAGCCGGGGAGCAACCCCACUGUGCAAUAGGGCGCGCCGAGUAGUCACGCUUCCGAGUCAUUGUAUUGCUUUGUUUAAGUACACGUUACUUAGGAAACGAACAUGAUUAUCAUCUUGACUUUCAUAUCCUUAUCGAACAUCACAGUAAUAGUAGAGAAGGGAUGUGGUUUGAGGGCGGAGGCGUGCGACGGGACGUGACGAGGGUUGCGCAGGUG